AUGGUGACAGAGAUUUCCUGCUUCAGAAACGUUGGAAGCCGCUGGUUUAAAAGCAUCCGGAACAGAGGGCUCUACUCGGGUUCUCUCCCCGCUGCGUCAUUUCAGUCGAGGAAAAAGACAGAAUUACAAAGCGUGACCGUCACGCCCACUGCCACUUACAGGGGGAAACGCGCCGGGGCAUCAUGGGAGUCGGCGGCGGCAGGGAUUGUGGGAAAUGUAGUUUGGAGACUCCGCCCUCCUCGCCAUUCCUGUAAUGGCUGCUUCCUGGAAGGUCGUGUCACGUGGAACCUCUUAAUCUCAGCAUCCGGAGCUCCAGGAAGGGAAAAUUUCAAGUCAGAUAGAAUUCUAUAUAUACAAUUUAUUUGGAACCUUCAGCCUCCAGAUUCCAACAUCAUGACCUCAGUUUCAACACAGUUGUCCUUAGUCCUCAUGUCACUGCUUUUGGUGCUGCCUGUUGCGGAAGCAGUAGAAGCCGGUGAUGCAAUCGCCCUUUUGUUAGGUGUGGUUCUCAGCAUUACAGGCAUUUGUGCCUGCUUGGGGGUAUAUGCACGAAAAAGAAAUGGACAAAUGUGACUUUGAAAGGCCUGCUGAGUCAAACCUCAACUUGAAAACCUUUGUGCUAUAGAGGCUAAACCUGAGCUCUGGUGUGUGAAAGGUUCCAAGAAUCAGUAAAUAAGGGAGUUUCACAUUUUUCAUUGUUUCCAUGAAAUGGGAACAAACAUACAUUUAUAAAUGAAAAAAAAAAAUGUUUUCUUUCCAACAAAUAAUGCACAGAAAAAUGCAUCCUAUAAUUUGCUAGUUAGAAAGGAGGUCAAAGAAGUAAAAUGGCUGAAAUUUACAUAAGUAAUAUUUCAUAAUCUUAGAAUUCUCUCAAAGCAUGUGAAAUAGGAAGAAGGAAGUUCUUGCCCAGAAUCUUAGGAAAUCACCACUGUUUGGUUAUAAUCACUGCCUCCUGAAUCGUUGAGGAGACUGUUCUCCUUUUUUUAAUUAGAUUUUUUUUUUGUUGUCUCCCAAGUUAAUAUUAUAUUUAGAUAUCAGAGAGUCAGCCAAAAAGGAAAACUUUUAUCUCUGGGGAAAAAAACAUUUAGAAAAGUGUAUUCAGUGUAUCUAAUACUGAAAUGCAGAAAAAAUCUAAUGUUAAAAAAAAAAAAAACUAUAGACAUUGACAUGGAAAAGAUUUAAUGUUUUGAAAAAAAACCUUUAUAUUAACCGAGUAACAUCCUCCUGAUGAGAAGUACUAUAUUAAAUAUAAACCCAUUAUGUUAUAA